AUGGCGUCGUCAUCUGUCUCCCUUAAGGCCUCGGCCUUUUCAUUCGUUGUUCUGUCGGUCGGACAUACGCUCGGAGGCACACAAUGGACCGCCGAACCAGCCUAUCGCACCAUCGCCGGCACCAAGCCCUGGGCUCUCGGCAUCGUCGGCUGGUUCCAGGGAAGCGCCUUUCUCUUCACGACCGGCAUCCUCCAUUACCAAUGGGCCCGCAACCCCCGAGCCCUCCAGGAACCUACUAACAAGGCCAUCGCUAUCAUUCUCAAUGCGGCGCUGUGGGCUAGCUCGGCCUGGUAUUUCAAGCAUGGUAUCAAUGAGAAUGGAUGGGCUGUCGGGGCUGCGGCUGCGUGGCAGGCUUGGUCGGUUGUGAGGGCUUGGUUGAAGUAUUAG